AUGUUUUUGAUAUAUCUGGUGCUCCUGUGCGCGGUGGUCCGUGCACAAGGACUUGAUAUUUCGCAAUAUGAGAUCGAUGUUCCUGGCCAGUUUACACCAGACAAUCUAUUUGAGAGGAAUGUGGAGCGCAGUCUGCCGACACAGGAUUUGUAUGGAAUGCAAUCCGUUACUUCAUCGAUUGGCUUCAACGAGUCGCAAACCUACGCUUUCGCGUUUGAUACGAAGAUUGCCACUAGCAACGUCACACUAAAAAUUACCAUCGAUUCCAGACCGCCGUCUUGGCGGAGCAGCGACGAAGGGUUGGUGCUUUAUUACGACUUUGACGAUGAUCUGACAGAUAUUGAGGAUACCAAGAGGGUCGAGUUCAGGAACUUUGAGGCCGUUCUCACUUUGAACGAUACCCAGGUCAACAUGCACCCCUUCAUGUUUGCACGGCUGAUGUCUAGUGGCUGCGGCCAGUGCAAGGAUAAUGAAGAAUGGGCCUAUACGAUGGAAAUAUCUACCGGAUCGAUUUACUUCAAUUACACGGGAGAGACCCUCAUUUCUGUGGUUGAUGUGGACGACGAGAGUGUUUUAUUGAGUGGCGCGGAUUUGUGGUCGAAUCCACACACUGAAUUUGUGCUCUCGUUGUAUAGCGAUGCAAAUUACACCAGCAAGGUGUUGACACAGCUGAUCAACAACAGCACGGUCACGGGAGACCGCAACCUCAUUCAGAUCACCGGACUACAAAGAAACAGCACCUAUUUUGCGACAUUCGCAGAACAUCUCUUUGGAAGCGACGUGACUCUUGUUCACCAACGCUUUAACUUCACUUUGCGCGACUCGCAAGCGUGCAAGAUCAUCCACAACCUGGAAUUCUGCAAGGAUGUGGCAUACGCGGUUCCGGCAUCUGCCGCACUGGUUGAAGGAGCUCAGACGGUCGACCAGCUUGCAGCCUUAUAUGAUAACUACUCCUCGUCUCUGUACGUGAACUUCGACUACGCCCUGCAACAAAUACCCUGCGACACCGAACUGGACGCAAGAUACUCACCUAUCGUGACAUGCGAUGAUUGCAGACACUCAUAUCGGCAAUGGCUGUGUGCAGUGACCAUUCCCAGAUGUUCUACAUUAGAUGCUCCGUUGUACAAGCUGUACAAUGAAUCAGAAGGAAGAACAGAUUUCAUUGCCCAGACGAUCAAGCCACCUUUGAGCUACUAUGAGGUGCUUCCUUGCCUGAAUAUCUGCCAGGCAAUUGUUCGAGAUUGUCCGCCCGAUUUUGGAUUCAAGUGCCCUGCAACAUCGGCCUUGAUCAAAAAGAGCUAUGGAGACGAUAAAUACCUUGAUGACGGAGACACCUACCUUGCAUGCAACUCUUUCACCUUCCAAUACACCAGCGCAGGCUCCAGAAUUCUUCGUGUUCCGUGGAUUCUGUUAAUAAUGUGUCUAGCUAUCCUGUUAUGA